AUGCCGCAUCCUCCCGGAAAGAUCCGCAGAGCACGAGCAGAGCUGAACUUCAUCCGCCGGAGGCAGUGACCUAGAGGGGGAGAGAGAGACCAGAGGCCGGGGAGGAGGCUCCAGAAGCUCCGCUCAUCACCGGAGUCUGUCCCCGCCAGAGAGCACCGUUCUCCCGGGGAAAUGAGUGCAGACGUUGCGGUGACUCUGCUCGUGCUCGCGGGGAUCGUCGGGCUCAGCGAAGCGACCCGCAGGUUGAUCACCAGGAGCCUCGCGCGCACGGCGCUGUGCGUGUACGCGGUGGAGCUCGUGUCCACCUUCCAGCUGUGCUGCUGCACGCACGAGCUGAGACUGCUGGCCGAAGUGGGCGGGAUCGAACCACGCGUCGCGCUCAGUCUGACCUACCUGGCCGCGGUGGUGCACGGACUCACCUUCAGCGGCGCCAUCGGUAACCCCACCGGGACUCUCGAGCACGCGUACCGCGCGAGGAUCCCGGGCGGCAGCGCCCUGCGGAGGAUCGCGUGCCAGUUCGCCGCGGCCGCCGGUGCACGAGCCGCGGUCCCGGUGAUGAGGGGACUCGGGCUGUCGAGGCUGCACGUGCAGCACAAGCUGCUCGGUUACCGGUGCGUGAGCCCGGUUCACGCGCCUCUGCACCAGGCCGCCGCCGUGGAGCUCGCGUGCGCCUUUGCGGUGCAGACUGCCCUCACGCACACGCGAUCGGUGGAUGAGAAAUACCGCGUGCACGCGAUAGCUGCGGUCAUCGCAUCAGUGGUUUAUGCAGGCGGCAGCUCGACAGGAGCUGUGUUCAAUCCGGCCUUGGCCUUCUCCACUCAGUUCCCCUGCAGCGGACACUCCUUCCUGGAGUACUGUGUGGUCUACUGGCUGGGCCCCCUGCUGGGUAUGAUGAGCUCGGUGCUGCUGUCUGAUCAACUCGGUCCUCUGCUGUCAAGGAACCCGACGUCUGUCCCUCGUCCCGUGGAGACAAAGAAGAGGACAUGAGCCUCAGGUUCACUCCUGCAGCACAGAGGGACUCAGUUCACCGGCUGCUGACCUCAGUCUUCACACGUUAGACACUGACACACACUUUUCUUAAAAGACACUUUAACCUGAAGGUUCUUGUUGGUCCACAGAGACGAUCCAGAGUCUGGAGUAAAUCUGCUGAUUUGACUGAACCACAGGAGGUCGAGUGAUCACUGGUCACAGAGCUGUCACGUCUAAUAACUAAGUUUGAUGAAAUUAAAGUUUGCAUGAGUUUCGUAACUUGUAAGUAAAGAUGGACGAGGGGAGAGCUUCUCAAAAGGGAAGCCAGAUCAUCUUGAUGGCCCCCUGGUGGCCGGCUGCAGUACAGGUCAUACACUUCUCCUCCACCAUGUUUACAGUAGUGCAUGAAACAAAUGACACAUUAAAUAAAUGUUUGUCAUUUCAGGUAGUUCCUAUCACACUGGGGUUUGGUCGUGUUUCGCAUCAGAUUGGUUUGAAUUAGUUAUUUGAUGAGACAGAGUGAAACGUAAUGAUUGACAGCUGAGAGCGACUCCUGAUUGGUUGAGCCAGUUUAUCAGCGGCACCUUGAUGCUGCAGCGCCACCACCUGGUCACUGCUGCACAGACUCUGGCUCCACAAGAUGGCAGCGAUUGUUUCAGAGGUUUUUUGGCUUCGUUUCUGAACGUGGGAGGAAGUCGAUCAUCAUUUCCUGUUUAUAGUCGGUAUCCUAUGAUGAAAAAAUUACUUGCCUGAUUUCUGAUUUUGCCAAACUCCAAUCGACAAUGAGCCUAGUCAAAUUCUUAAUAUAUCUACUUAAGCUAAUUCACUGAAUAAUGGAACAAGUGAUAAUGGAUAUGUGGUACU